AUGGCCGAGAUCAACGACCUCAUCUCCAUAACUUUCCGUGUUGCAACCAAGGACGACGCUCCUCAAGUCGCACAGCUCGUAGAGGCCGCAUUCCGCGCCGAAGACAGCCGAGCAGAUUGGACGGCCGACAUGGAACUCGGCAGAUCGUUCCGCUACUCAGCCGAUGAGGCUCUCGCCACCAUCAACAACCCGGAUGCAGUAGUCCUUAUGGGCUUUGACUUCCACGGCGUCCUCGCGACCUCGGUCCAAGUUGUUUUCAAGCGUGAAGCCCAAAUGGCCCGAAUUGCCAUGCUUUCCGUGAAUCCCCAGCUGCAGCGCAGCGGUGUCGGGCGUCAAACUCUUGACUCUGCCCAGGCCUACGCUUGGAAGCAUUACGACAUCAAGAAGUUUGGGUUGAAUGCCCUUUCAUCUCGCGAAAAGUUGCUCGCCUGGUAUGAGCGCUGUGGAUAUCGAAGGACAGGAGAAACUUCGCCGUUCCCUGUUGAUCGGUUCCCUCGCCUAGAUCUUCCGAAAGAUUUGUGCUUCAUUGAGCUAGAGAAGGAUGCCACGCCUGUUGUGGUUUGA